UAAACAGUUCAGUCGUAAUGAUAAACGCAUGCAUGGAUAUUACCAUCUAAAUGCAGACGAAUAAAUGAUGUGCAUUUUCAUAAUGGAUAAAAUAACUAUUGUCAAACGUUGAGAUUUAUAUAGAGUGCAAAAUGAGACAUCUAAAUGUCGAGUUAAUUUUGUUAUUAUUUCAGAUAGCAUUGUGUGCUAAUUAUGUUGCAGGAAAGGAAGAGCUUUUGGACAAGCGUUUGUUGUACUAUGAGCCACUACAUUACGAUAUAGAUGACCUUCACCUUUUACAUACAAAAAGCGGCAAGUCGGGAGGUUUAAUCCGAUUUAAAUUGAAUGCGUUUAAAAGAAACUUUUCUCUUGAAUUAAAAAGAAGUGUACAGUCAACAUCAAACAUUAUUCUGCAUCACAAAAAGAAAACCACCACGCCAGAUCUGUCAUUUGUUUAUACUGGAAAGGAUACAGAUUAUCCUGGGAGUGAAGCAAAAAUAGCUGUAAUCAAUGGAACAUUGCAAGGAAAACUAAUUCAUCCCGGAGAAACCAUUUAUCAUAUUGCUCCAAGUUCCUGGUUGUUCAAACAGCCAACACCAUUUCAUACAGUGAUAUACUCUGAAAAAGACUAUCUAUGGAAUCACACAUUCCACUCUGAUUGGGUACAAAAUGCAGGGAGUAAGACUCAGUUGAUGAAUAAUAAGCCAAGAGGCAGACGAAAACGAGAUUUACUCCCACCAUCUAACGGACAAGAUCAUCAUGUGUGCACGGUUAAAUUAACAACUGACACAACUGUGUGGAAAUAUUAUAUGAAUUUAAAUAAGAACGAUGAUAAAAGUCACUAUGACAUUUUGUUCUUGUUGGAGAAUCAUGUGUCUGAAGCAAAUAAGGUCUUCAAAAAUACAGAAUUUACAUUAAAUCAAGGACAAGACACAGAGGAAAAAUUGAAAGGAAUUCAGUUUGAAAUAAGAAAGAUAAAGAUUAUGACAAAUAUGGAUUGCGACGGUAAUAACACAUCUGUUUUAUGCCGAGACGACCUAAAAGGACAAGUCCUGCUUGACAAGUUUGCUGAUGAAGAAGAAGAAGAAAGUCUCUCUGAUUCCGAUUAUUACUAUAAUCAUGAUUUUCAUGAUGCUGACUACCAAGGAGAUGCUGCAUACAAAGAUGACGAAUAUCUAACAACAGAAUCAAAGUAUUGUUUGUCUUUCCUUAUCACAGCUAGAGUGUUGUAUAUCAACAGAAGUCCUCUUCUUGGUUUAGCAUUUCAGCCAUCAAAAGACAAAGAUGGGGGAAUAUGUUCUAACAUAAACAAUGGAUUCAUCACAUUAUUUCAAGAAACUACACAAGCAUUACCAGCAAUGGUUACACAAUUGGUGUUUACACACGAAGUUGCACAUGCAUUUGGCGCACUACAUGACACUAUGCAGGAAUGCGCAGGUUUUAAUCUGAAAGAGGAACCAGUCGACGGCUUUUAUUUGAUGCAUAAUGUCGCACAACGCGGAGACAAACCAAAUCACCAUAAACUAUCACCUUGUAGUCUUAAAUAUAUAUCAAGAGCGCUGUCUAUGGACGACAAAUCAACAACUUGUUUUACUGGUAGUGAGUUACCAUAUUGUGGUAAUGGUAUAGUUGAAGACGGGGAGGAAUGUGACUGUGGUAACGACUGCUAUACAGGUAAAGAUGCUUGCUGUCAUUCCCAUAAUGCAACUGAGGGUUUAAAAUGUAUGCUAAAAGCUGCGGCACAAUGCAGUCCAAGUCAAGGACCAUGUUGUGACAGCAGUAUUUGUCAGUUUAUAAAUAAAUCAGAGAAUUUUGUGUGUCAGAACUCUAAACCAUGUGUCGACGAAUUAUACUGCCAUGGAGAGAUGUACGGUCCUAAGUGCCCACCGCCACGUUUAGAUCAACAGCGAGAAGAUGGUUUUAUAUGCAGCAGAAAUGGACGUGUUUGUGACGCAGGGUGCUGUAAUGCGUCGAUAUGUAAACUGAUACAAUGGCGAGAAUGCUUGAUGUCCAAUGAUAAUGAAAACCUAACUAUUGAACAGAAAGAGGAGCUGUGUUAUAUUGGCUGUCGGAGACGACGGUCUGAUGAGUGUAUCAGUUCACACGAUAUAGACAAGGUUAAACAACAUCCUGAAUUCAUGGCCUUGUUAUCAAAUAUUUCAAGUAAUGCAACAAUUCGUCCCGUACAGCUUCCAACUGGCACACCUUGUAACAAGGACACUGGCUAUUGCGACGUACAAAAACGGUGUCAAGUUGCUGGACCUGAUACACCAUUGCCUAGAAUGAAACAUUGCCAACCUGGUACUAAAUGUGAAGGAAACAUUGUAUCUAUUUUAAGACAUUAUUGGUGGGCAAUCUUGCUAGCAGGUGUCGUCGUAUGUAUAUUUCUGUUCUUCAAACUAUUCAAGAGGUUUUCUGUUCAUACAAAAAGUAGCAACCGAGACAUAGACUUUCAACGAAAUCCUCAUAAAACAUUACAUCAGUCAGACAAUCGCAAUGAUGUGAAACAUACUAAGGACAGAUUAUUAUCUUCAUUUAAAAUUGUUAGAGCACUUUGGAAGCGAACGUAUACAGGACCUGGUCAUAGUAAUUCUGAAUUGAAUACCUUUGGCGAGGAGUUAGAAGCGUUGAACAACAACCCAUGACCUUAGGUCGUAGCAGUGCAGGAAUAUCAUCAGUAACUUUAUUGAAAAAUAUAAAAAAAGGACAGAAAAAGACAUACGGCAUAAAUUGUGUGAAAAGAAGUAUCAAUAUUAAUAUGAAGAAAUUGUGGUUUUAUGCAAGUGUAAUAAUACAUUAUUAAUUGAUUUACAUUUUGAAAUAAACAAAUUUCAUUUAUGUUGAGAUCGUGUGCAGGAAACAUUAUGGUUUUAUUAGGCUAGCAAAAUGCAUUUUCUCAAAUGACAGAAAGAAUUGAUCCGUGCCCAACUUGGUCACUUAAAUGUUUCUUCAGUAGACAUUAUUACUGUUUUGUGCUUAAUCGACAGUGCUUUAAAAUAAGCUACAAAUAGUUUAUAUAAACAAUCAUAUUUCUUUCGUCAGAGUAAUGAAUUUUCUGUGGCUGUGUAUAAGUGGUGUGAGUAAGCCAAAGGAAAGUGUUGUCAUUGUGUGAUGACCGGUUUGGAUUUUCUUCUUAUUUUCAUGAUAAUAAGUCAACACCUGUUCAUUGUCAAACGUAUUGUUUCCUUUUGAUGUUUUGUUUUCAACAAAUUACCUCAGUAUCAUAUACAGAAUCGUAGUUAUAAUGUUACCAUUGACUAAUGCAUUAUUGUGUAACCAUACAGUCCCAUUAUUUGUAGCUUUACUUGAUACAUUAUUUGUAUUGACGUAAGGUUGAUAUGAUAUGUUGUAGUUAAAUUAGUUAUAACACGAGUUUAGGCUAAAGUCCGUGCAAAAAAAUUAUCACUAUUUGCACUGCUAAGAAACACAUCAGCUUCUGGUGAUAAGAAGUUGAAUUGAAAAAGCUUGGAAGUAAAAGGUAUGUGUAAUCGUAAUAAAGCUAUAGAAAAAUACACACGAGUCGAAUACAAGUUAUACGUAAAAAUGGAUUAUUUUUUAUUAUAAAUCUAUUGUAACAAAUGAAAUACAAAGGAAAAAUUGUGCAAGAAUUAUUUUAUCUGUGUUCUUUCAAUGUGUUUUACAUUUUUUCUGUUUGUUACUAGAUUGUUAAAGAGAAAAAAACUCAUUUUUGCAAUGAGUUCUUUCUUUUAAGUAAAGUACUAGUAAAUUUAAUUUAGUAAAUAACUAAUUUUAAUGUUCAUUGUAUUAUUUUGCAUAAAUGUUCAUUUUAUGUAUAUUUAGAAAUGGUCCAAAACAUUUCAAUGUCCAAUAAAAAUGUUAA